UUUUUUUUUUUUUUUGCAAAUCUGAACAACUGAGUGGUUGAACUCUGCAAAACACAGUAUGGUAUAUAUGCGUAAAUAAAAAUGCGUACAGAGCGAAUAAAAGUUAUAAACAAAAUCAUAAUAAUCUAGCACUUGAAUAUUUCCAUGUGAAGAUUUUCUCUGACUGGCACGCGCAUGGCUAUGGCUGGUUGCUAGGAGACGCUGUGUGGCGUUACACUGUUUUGAGUUUCUGACGUAAAUAGCUGAAGUUAUUUUUCAGCCGAUACAAUUUGAUUUGAAGUACAUUUCAUUGUGGGAAUGCAUUCAUGAAAAGCAUUUCCAAUAUAUGAAGUGCACAUAUGAAUUCAAUCAGAACAGAAGCUGGCUUCUUUCUUACCUUGCCAGGUGAGCCCUGUCAUCACAGAUUUCCCCCGCAUCCUGACAAAACCCAGCUGUGUUGUGUCUCAAAUAAACUUUCACUUUCCUCUCCUCUACAAACUGCCCCCUGAAUCCAUGUCUCAACAAAGACCUACAAAAUGAGCCAGGGUCCAUAGACAAAUCAGGGAACACAAUGGCUCUUCCAAAUCUUAAAGACAGGCAUGGGAUUGUCAGAAAGCCCGUCAUAGCCUCUCUUGCAGGGACCACCAAAGCAGUAUCCUUGUCCCAAAGGCCGCAACCUCCUGCUAAGCCCAGAUCAGAGAGGCCUUUAUCAGCAGGUGGAUCUUACAAACCUUGCCCACUUGCUCAGCAGGUUUCAGGUGAGGAGACGAAAAUCUUCAGCAAUCAGCAGCCAUAUUCGGGCAGCUGUAAUGACAAUGAGGUAUCAGGCUCUGUGAAUUCAGCACAGAAUGGGCAUAAAAGAGCGCGGAGAGGAAAGAGUGAAACAUUCCCGGAGCCUCAUAAACAUCAAACUCUCUCCAAGCACAGCAGCUCGCAGAGUCACAUCAGCAGCGCUGGCUCAAGCACCAUCCAAAGUGUCAAAUCCACUUUUGAGCUGCUAAAUGAAGCCAGACGUAUUGCUGGACCUGAGCUGCCAGAUGAUGUUGACCAGCAGAGGUCGCCAGAUGAGACCUUAGCAUACACAUUAGUGAAGGGAAGUGGGCACAUAGAGGAGGAUAGCGGUGCUGUUGUACAUUCUAUGGAAAGAGAAGAUGGACACAGUUGCAGCUCUGAUGACAUGGGGCCAACUCAAAUAGACACCUUAGUACAAAAAGAGAAAUGCUCCCCAAGACCAAUGUGCCAUCCACCGGUGUCAUCUGGUGUCUUCAAGAUGGCUAAAUCAGUUUUACAGAAGGAUACUGAUAUUGGCUCUGAUGGUAGAGGGCUCCAGAAUCUCUUAUCCCAGGUGACCACUGAAGAUAUAAUAAUGGCCCGAGGUUGUAGUUUGACUCCAGUUCAGAGACCGGAAAGGACUUCCCAUCAGACCAAAACCAUUCAAGGCCUGUCACUACUGGCAACCUGGAAACCUAAAAAAGAUGCAGAAGGGUAUAAAACCAUCCACCAUUUGUGUACCACUCCUGCUAGUCAAGUCGUGCCUGUUGAGUUACAACUUGCUUCAAGAAUCUGCCACACUCAAAACCUGAUCACAGCAACAGCGCAGUUUAACCACCAGAGGACAGCACUUGGGCAAACAUCUCACUCUGACAUGCAAAGGCUGGUGUGUGAAGGUGUUUCUGUUGAUUCUACUGGGGUUUCAGCGAAGAUAGACUGCAUUUCCCACAUGCCUAAACAGACGUCAGAUACUUUGGAGGACUGGCAGAGAAUAGCAGAGUAUUACGUGGAGAGACCAAGGAUUAUGAUGUGCGGACGUGCUGCAACAUUGUGUCCCAGUGAGCUCAGAAUGUUCUGGAGCCCAGCACCUCCUAAAUUCAUCUGCGCCCCAUGUGUUAUGAAAGACACACUUUUCCCCAAAUACCAGAUAACCCAGGCAGACCCGUGCAAAGAGAAUCUGCGGGAUGAGGUGCAUGAACAGGUUAUUUCUGAGGAAAAUAUCUUGCCUUUUAAGUGUAACUCUGUGGCAGACUUCAGAACAACAGGCUCACCGACUCCCUCUGCGUUCGUCUCAGCAGAACAGUCGAGACGGCCUUGCUCUGCCCCUCACUUAACCCCAGAUCUUGAGCCCCAUCUUCGGCUGCAAUCCGACUUCACCAUCCUUUCCCAGGAGCUGGAGCAUGUGCGAUGGCAGCGGCAACAGAACUCAAUUUGUGCAGCUCUGGCCAAAGAAUCCCCAUCCAAUGCCAAACAGACAAAGCCUCAGGAGGUUCACACAGAGCCCAACUCAUCAGAGCAGCCUUGCCUGGUCCCAAGCCACAGGAGGAACAAAGGCAAACGCAGGGCCAAGAAAAGGGGAAAAACACUCAGCUCUGUCAAGAUGGCCUACGUUUGGAAAAAACUGAGAGAGCCAUCACGGACACUAACAAGAAGUGAGUCUCUGUGUCAGUUACCAUGGGAGUCUGAAACCUCCAGAGGGCAAUUUUCACCCCUCCUCUGCCCCAGUCUGCCCAUGCUCCUGGAUUUUGAGACCUUUGCCACAGAUCAUGGUGGGAUACCUGACUCGACACCACCCCGAGAGUGGGUCCGAGACAUAUGGGACUCCUGGUUUGACGAGGUCUUUCCCCCUCUGGAAAAUCUCCAGAGUACAGGCUCUUUUCCUGGUGGUCUGGAGGAGAACCAGCUUCCACAGGAUGAGAUCCAGGAUCUGGACAAAGUGGUUUUGGAUGAAAGUCUCAAUACAGUGGAUUUGGAGCAUGAAGUGGCCAAGCUGACCCUAACUUUGACUGAAAGUGGAAACCACAGUGCCUUCCACUAUUGUCGUAGAGGAGCACUUAACAUCAAACUUGGUUAUCUCAACCAGGCCCUUGAAGAUCUCAAUGCUGCCAUCUCCCUGGAGCCCCAUUUACUUGAUGCCUACUGGCACAGACACCACAUCUACCUGCUGAGAAACGACCCCAAUAGAGCUCUGGACGAUCUAAACGUCAUUGUUGAAAACAAGAAGCAGCAUGCAGACGCCUUCAUGUCUAGAGCAGAAAUCUACAAACAAAGAGGGGAAACCACACUGGCUCUGAUCAACUACACCCAAGCCGUCAAAGUCAAGCCAGAUGAUGCAGAGAUCUACUUUAAGCGGGCAAAGAUGUAUGAAAAGAUAGGUGAGAUACUGCUGGCCAUGGAGGACUAUGCUAAGACCUUCACCAUCGACUCUACAAGGACUGAUGCAAUGAUGAGCCAUGGAAUACAGCUUUUUAACACCUCCAAAUGGAUGCAGGCCCUGGAAACCUUCUCCCUGCUGCUGAAGCAAGAACCUGGGAAUGCUACAGCCAGAACAUACAGAGGAAGGAUCUAUACCAAGCUAGGUCGGUUUGAGAAGUCUGUCGAGGACUUUUCUCUGGCUGUGCACUUGGAUCCCAGUAGCUGGUUGGCGUUUUACCACAGAGGGUGUCUGCUGAGGGAGAUAAUGCCUCAUAUGGCCUUAAGGGACUUCAGCACAUCUGUUCUCAUCAAUGACAGUGCAGAAAACCUGAGUGCAUUCCUGCACCGCGGUCAGGUCUACAUGACGCUCCGGCGCUGGCGGCAGGCCAUGGCUGACUUUGAAGCUGUGAUCAAACUUGACAGUCACAGCAGAUUUGCAGCUGUUGCCCACGUCAGUUUGGGACUGAUCUGUAUGCUGAAUAUGGGCCGACAAUAUGAGGCCAUCAGAAGGUUCAGUAAUGCAUUGAAGGUGGACCCCACCUAUGUAAAGGCCUACGUAUGCCGGGCCAGAGCCUACUUCAACGUGAAUAAUCUGAGUAGAGCGGUGAAGGAUUUGACUCGAGCCAUACAUAUGAAGCCAGACGCUUAUGAUCUGCACAUCUUGAGAGGGAAGUACUUGUAUGAAAUGAAACAGUUUGACCUGGCCAUCCUCUGUAUACGGUACACAGCGGAAAUGAAAACAGCUCUGGGUUUAUCACCAGUCCAGCAAGCUGUCGUCCAAUCGUUCCUGGGGAUCUAUGCCAAUGCCGUCGUCUGUCUUGAGGAAGCGGUCGAUACGUGCCCUUCUCCUCCACACCUCAUUCUUCUCGGGAGGACACUGAUGAGGGAGCACAGGUUCAAAGAAGCAGUGGAGUGUUUCAGAAAGGCCCUGUCACUUCUGGGUACCUAUAAAACUAAACUCCUUACUUCACAAGAGACCGCGGAGGUCUUUUAUCUUAUGGGCAUGUGCUACAUGAAACAAAUCCUUUUGUUACAGGAGAGUGAAGACUCUCUUCUCCUCCAUGCUUUGGAUGCUUUUAACAGCGCUGUGAGCAUGAACCCAGACCACGCUGAGGCUCACCAUCAGAGAGGACUGUGCCGUGUACAUCUACAAGACUCCACGGGUGUGCAGGACUUUAACAAAGCACUCCAAAUCAACCCCCACCUCUAUCAGGUGCAUCUCAGCCGAGCUGCUCUUUAUGGGGCUCAAGGACGAUAUGCAAAGGCUGUACUCGACUGUAAUGAAGCUAUCAGGAUACAGCCCAAGAGUGUCAGAGCGUACUUGUAUAAAGGAGCUCUUAAAUUCUAUUUGAAAGCAUACAAGAGUGCAGUGGAGGAUCUGACAAUGGCAGUCCAGAUGGACAGUGCCUGUUCAUUUGCUUACUACAACCGCGGCGUAUGUUUUCAUGAGCUGCAGGAUUAUGAACGGGCUCUCCGAGACUAUAGCAUUACGCUGCUCUUGGGCUGUAAGACGGAGCUUGAGCUGAAAGUCUUGAUAAACCGUGGCCUUCUUUAUGUGGAGCUGAAUGACUAUGGCAGUGCCCUUCAGGAUUUUAAGGCGGCAGCACAGAAACAACCAGAGGAUGUAAUAAUGCUUCAUACACUGGGAGUUAUUCACCACAGGCUUGGCCAGUUGCAGGAAGCUGUGGAUGCUUACAGCCAGGCUUUAAGACUUGAUCCCUUCUUGCAAGAUUCCCAUGUGGGCAGAGGCAAUGUUUUCAUGGAUUAUGGGCACAAUCACGCCAGGAAACAAGCUCAGAGAGACUUCCUCUCAGCCCUGCAUCUCAAUCCACUCUGUUCAAGUGCUCGCAUUAGCCUGGCAUACAACUUACAGGUUUUGGGAUUCUUCCAGAGAGCCUGGAAUCAGUUCACUGUGGCUGUAGAGGUGAACCCUAAAUGCUGGGCAGCGUAUGAAGGCAGAGCUGUUACCAGCCUACAGAUGGGCAACAUGUUUGCAGCCCUGCAGGACAUUAACACUGCUAUAAAGUGUAACCCUCAUGCAGAGCAGCUCUUCACAAACCGAGGUCUGAUCCAGCAGUUCAUGGGAGAUAAAGCUAGUGCCAUGAAGAACUACCAGACCGCUAUCAGCCUCAACCCGGAAUAUUCCCUCGCUUACUUCAACGCUGCCAACCUCUUCUUUUACAAUGGACAGUUUGAGCAGGCAUGUGAGAACUACAGCCGAGCAUUUGAACUGGACCCCUCAGAUGAGUCUGCCAUCCUGAACCGAGCCAUCACUCACGCUCUGCUGCGGAAGGUCCCAGCAUCCCUGCAGGAUUUCAAUGAGGCUCUCUGCCUCAACCCGCUGUCUGCACAUGCCUACUUUAACAGAGCCAACCUGUACUGCUCUCUCAGACAGUUCCAAUCAGCCGAGAGGGACCUUAUGCAAGCUCUGAUGCUGCAGCCUGGAGAUGCUCUUCUCUAUAAACUCAGGGCUGAUGUUCGGGGUCAUCUGGGAUGGAAGGAGCAGGCGCUGGAUGACUACAGAACGGCGGUGGAGCUUCAGGAUUCAAUAUGCUGCUCAGGGUUGGAGAAUGAUCAAAAUUAGAUUUUUGCUCCUUAGAUUAUUUUGAUUAGCUAAUGCAAUAUAUUUCAUGCAAUUAACAUUUUUUGUCUUAAUUUUGUUUGUGUGAAUGUGAGUUUGACACUACAUAAAAAAAUAUUGAAUGUGUGGAAAACCAAUAUCCAGACUGUCAAUUUAUUUUGAUAGUUUUUUCCAUCAUCCAGCCAUCUGUUAUAAUACUUUACUAAAUUAAAACAGUUUUUAUUCUUUAUUUCUAAUAUCAUUAGCGAGUGUUAAAUAAUGUAGUAAUUUUAAUUGUAUUUUUUAUAUAUAUAUAUAUAUAUAUAUUUAAAUUUAGUUUUUUUAAAUUUUAGUUGUAUUUUUUAUAUAUUAAAUUAAUUUAAUAAUAAAUUAGUUUGUACUGUAGCUAAAGUCAAGUAGAUUAAGUAUAUCAUCUUUUUGUUGAAAAGGCUUAAUUUCAAUAAAAACAUUCUUCAAUUUAAUUAAUAUUUUAUGACAUUUUAUUUUGAGUGAAUAAGCCAUAUAUAACUUUUUAAAGCAUGGUUUGUUGUAUGUUAGAUUUUUUAGGGUUUCUAAAAUAAGUUUAUUUUGCAUACCAAGGCUGCAUUCAUUCUAUACAAAGUACAGUAAAAACUAAAAUAUUGUGACAUUUUAUUAUUAUUUAAAAAAAAUAUUUUCUAUUUUAAUAUAUUUUAUAAUGAAAUGUAUUCCUGUGAUGCAAAGGUGAAUUUUCAACACCAUUACUCCAGUUUUCAUUGUCACAUGAUUCUUCAGAAACCCAUAUUUCUUAUCAAUGUUUUUUUAUGAAAAAAAAUUUAGAUACAUUUUUUUAGGAUUCUUUGAAAACAGCAUUUAUUCGAAAUAAAAUCUUUUGUAACAUGAUGAAUGUUUUGGGAUCA